AUGAGUAUUAGAAGAAAUAGACCAUUAAUAAAUGAACGUGUGAAACGAAUGCUUCAAAUGGUUGAGGACACAGUUAUUACAAAUACAGAUUGCGAUAUUAUUGCAGUUGAUCCCGAAUCUAGUGUAAAAGAAACCUUUUCCAAUCAAGUUCUGUCAAAAUAUGAGUUACGAGACAAAACGAAUAAAAAAUACUUUGAUACUGAUCAGGAAUCCGAUGAAGAUUUUUCGCCAGACGUCUCGGAAUAUGCUCCGAGUCCAAGCUCAAACAUAUUCAAGAGUCCAUUAAGUAGCGUUUCAAGUCUAAGUCCAGAUGAAACUUUAGAAAUUAAUCACAAUGAAACAUUGACAGGUAGAACCUCAAAUGAUUGUUCACAUGCUAGGGAAGUUGUAACCGACAAUGAGGAUAGUCCAAGCUUAAUACGGAAAAUUUGUAGCGAAGAAGAAAACAAUGAAACUUUGAGACCAGAAGAGCAGUCAGAAAGUAACAAUGACACAACAUUGACCGGUAGAACUUCAAGCGAUUGCGAGCACAUGGAGGCAGUAGAAAACGAAAAAAAAACUGACUAGGAAACGCAAGCAGAAUAGAAGUGAGUGGCGUAGUAAAAAAAAUAAAAUCCUCAAAAAUUCCGGGAAAGCCUACGAAGGGUGCAAUACUAAAAAAAAAUAUCCUAAAAAAACUAUAGGCUCCCCAUGUGCGUGUAAAAAGGGUUGUGGCCAAAAAUUCAGUCCGUCAAAAAGACAAGCUAUAUUUGACAAAUUUUAUAGUCUGGCUGAUCGCGAACAUCAAUGGUUGUAUAUCAGUAGAUAUGUCCAAGCACAAACUAUUAAACGAAUGACGUUAGACCGUAAAAAC